CUUUAUAAAAAUAUUCUUGUUUAUUAUCAUAACCAUACAUAACGCCAUGUUAAAUUAAUAGUAAGAAAUAAUUUUCCACUUUUACGAUCAUUAGGUAAAAGAAUAUUACUACAGUACUCAUUUAUAUUUUAGUUCAUAGGAAUUACAAUCAUACUAGUCAAUUAGUUGGAUUGGAUUAAUAAAUAUUAUUUUACAAUGUUUCCCAAUAGCUUCCUAAAGAUGGGAAAGACACUAAUCUCAAAGCUGUUAUGUAAUUUAUCCAAUAACUGAAGAAUCAGUAGAUAAAAUUAAUGUUUAAAAAUGAAAUACGAAUAUACGCAUCACUAUGUUAAUUCUUCUAUUAAAAAGAUAACAACAAUGAAUGAGCAAGACGUCUAGUCCAACUAUCUCACAACUAACUUAACAAAAGUUACGAUUAAGAAUCAUUAAUAGAACAAAUAUGUUAAUGGACAAAAAAUUCGGAUUUUUAGCGUUGCAACAUCAAAAUGCAACUGGCAAUGCAGGCUUAAAAGAUCAGAAUUUUGGUCUGAGAUGGGUUCGCAACAACAUAGCAAAAUUUGGUGGUGAUCCAAAUAAGGUGACGAUAGCUGGUGAAAGUGCUGGUAGUGUCAGUGUAGGAUAUCACAUACUUUCAGAAAAAUCGAAAGGUUUAUUACGUAGUUCAAUCGCAAUGAGUGGGGUGUCAAUAGCUUACAGUGGAUUCAGUAUACAAGAAGAUGCAAUAAAAACAGCUUACGAAUUCACUAAGAAACUUGGUUCCACAGCAAUGAACGUUGAUGAGUUACUUGAAUUUUAUUACAAAGUCGAUGUCGAAAAUUUGACUAGAACAAUUUCAAACACAACGAGAAUAAAUAUUCCCUUGAAACCAACUCUGGAAAAUCCAAAUUACGGUCCAGAUUGGUUCUUAACCGAAUGUUCGUUAAAAAAAUCCAGAUCUGGAAAUUAUAAUCACGGAUCUCACAUGCUAGGCUAUGCCAAAGACGAAUUAAUUUCAUUCCUUGAUACAAUGGGUGGUAUUCUCGAUUGUGUGAAGUUUUCUUGGACAUACGCUUUACAACUUGGAAUAACAAAAAUCGACAUGCCAAAUAUAGAAGAUGGUAUAACGAAUGCCAGCUUACGUCAAAUCAUAAAGACUGCUACGGAAGUUUUGUUUAUAUCUCCUAUAGAUUACAAGGAAAAAUUAAUGGCAAAAUUCGGCGAUCCCAUUUAUUAUUAUCGAUAUGAUUUCAUUUAUAACAAAUCGCUUCACAAAAUUCUACUUGGCAUUGAUAUUGAUGGUGCUGCACAUGGUGACGAUUUGGAAAUGAUAUUUUAUUCAGAUUUAUUCCAAGUAAAUUCCAAUGCAAAGAACAGGACGCUGUUACAAAAAAGGGUGACACGUUUAUGGGCGAAUUUUAUUAAAUACGGAAAUCCAACUCCAAAUGGUACCAACGAUACUUUAUUAAACGUUGUUUGGCCAGAUUCGAGAGAAUCUGGUAAAAUGUUAUGGUUAAACGAUGAUUUGGAAAUACAUGAUCGAUACAAGAGUCAAGACAUCACAAUGAUUGAAACUGGGUUACAAUUAAACGGUGGACCAAGAGACGGAUGUAAUAACAAAUGGAAAAAUAACAUACAAGAUUAAUUAUUGUUCACUUGAGUUAAAUAAUUUCUCAAAUUAUUAACUUAAUUCAGGUUUAAUUAUUAAUAUGGUAUCGUUAUAAGUGGAAUUUAACUAUUAAGUGAUCUUACAAUCAAUUAUAAAUUCGGCCAUUUAUUACUUAAUAUCUAUGCGAUUACCUCUUAAGUACACAUUUUGUAUUCAUUGAAACCGAUAAUGGAUUAAUAAAUCUUCAUUAUGGAUACGUUAAAAAAUGUAAU